AAGUUGUUCUCUCUCUCUCUUUCUCCGCCUUUAUUUUAUUCUCUGUUUCUGUGUUUCCGUGUAGCCUUUUGAGAUUCCUUUACAAAAAUGGGGUAUUCCCCAAGUAGUUGUACCGACUCUGUUGAGCGUCUUCACAACUCACACUCUUCAAACACUCAAACUCUUGCCAUUGACACUGAUCAUAAUUAUGACCUAAACAUGAAAUCUUUAAUCUACAAAAUGAUUUGGGAUUUGGGGUUGGCAUGUAUCAUCCCUCCUCGACGCCGUCGAAUUUCUGUCAAGAAUCAGAAUGAUGAUAAGAAUGGCAAAAUUUUGGAGCAUAAUAAAGCUUGGUUACUUGCUGAGGCGGGAGGGUGUGGUGGUCCAGAGUUGAUUAAUGCUGACCCAUAUUCAGUACACUCUUCUUUCAGGUUUACUUUGUGUACUCAAGUUGAGGUUGAGUCAGUGAAUGGGAAAAAUAACUGUUCUUCUUCUUCUUCUCCUCCUGCUACUACUGUUUUAAUGGUGAAUUUGGAUAAUGGGUUAACUGAUCCUAAAUCUCAAGAGGUGAAAUGGAGGAAAGUUCAGUCAUUAGAGAGGAAUAUUUCUCCUGUGGUUCAUUCAUUGAUUAGGUUCAGUUACAAUGAAAUUGUUUCGGCUACUAGAAAUUUUUCUAAAGGUAGAGUUUUGGGAAGAGGAGCGUUGAGCUAUGUUUUUAGAGGAAGAGUGGGAUUUUUGAGGACUACAGUGGCAAUUAAGCGUUUAGAUAGGGAGGAUGAGGAGUCUCCAAAGGCUUUUUGUAGAGAAUUGAUGAUUGCUAGCUCUCUUCAUAACCCAUAUAUUGUUCCUCUUGUGGGUUUUGCCAUUGAUCCAGAGGAAGGUUUGUUUCUGGUGUACAAAUAUGUAUCUGGUGGAAGUUUAGAGCGGUAUUUGCAUGGGAAGAAGAAGGGAAGUAAAGGUGGUCCAGCACUCCCAUGGUCUGCUAGGUAUAAGGUGGCUGUAGGAAUUGCAGAAUCAAUUGGGUAUUUGCAUAACGGGACAGAGCGAUGUGUUGUUCAUAGGGACAUCAAGCCUUCGAACAUUCUUCUUUCAUCGAAGAAGACACCCAAGUUGUGUGACUUUGGCUUAGCUACAUGGACUCCUGCACCUUCAGUACCUUUCCUUUGUAAAACUGUUAAAGGAACAUUUGGGUACUUAGCUCCAGAAUAUUUUCAACAUGGUAAAGUUUCUGAUAAAACUGAUGUUUAUGCUUUCGGAGUUGUCCUGUUGGAGCUAUUAACUGGACGGAAGCCAAUAGAAGCGAAAAGAGGACCAGGAGAAGAAAACAUGGUUUUGUGGGCAAAGCCACUAUUGCAGCAAGAUGUUCUUGAAAAGUUUCUUGAUCCAAGACUUAAAAUCCCGCGAAAGAAUUUGCACCAAAUAUCUUGGAUGAUUCAAGCAGCAGCUGCAUGUAUACACACUGAAGAAUCCCGAAGGCCCGACAUUGAUGAAAUCAUUGACAUGUUAAGAGGCAGAGAAUCUGAUUCCAUCUACACAAAGGACAUUUUGCCCGGUAACAGCUGUUUGAUUGAUUCUUACAACCACUCACAGCAGACUAGAAGUGAAAUGAAGAGUCAUUUAGCCUUGGCAAUGCUAGGAGUUGCAGAAUUUGACAACGAUGACCUUUAUCGUUGUUGAAACAAAAGGGUGAAUCUGAAGUUUUAUCUCGAUUUCCAUUUCCCCAUUCAACUUGACAGGGAGUAAAUUAUAGCGCGCAACAACUGAUGAGCUCUUUAACUUGUAGAUAUGAAUUCUGUGUUUGUACAUACUGGUUUCUUGUCCCCAACUCUUAAAGGAAAACUAUAACUGUUUCUGUUUUUCAAGAUUAGAAAAGAAGUUACAACAAUGCUAUCUAAUCAGCCUACAUUACAUAUGUAAUUUUGUUUACUACUUGGUGAAUGAAAGAGUGUAUUG